CAGUUUCCCCAUCAGAGUGUCCCCUUACAUCAGGUGUCCCCAUCAGAGUACCCCCCCCCCCCCCCGUUACAUCAGUUUCCCCAUCAGAGUGUCCCCUUACAUCAGGUGUCCCCAUCAGAGUACCCCCUUACAUCAGUUGUCCCCAUCAGAGUACCCCCUUACAUCAGUGUCCCCAUCAGAGUACCCCCCCUUACAUCAGGUGUCCCCAUCAGAGUACCCCCCCUUACAUCAGUUUCCCCAUCAGAGUGUCCCCUUACAUCCGGUGUCCCCAUCAGAGUACCUUCUUACAUCAGGAUCCCAUCAGAGUGCCCCCUUACAUCAGAGUGGUUCGUGGAUCAGUGGAUGCGCUCUCAGAGACCUGGGGGUGCACAACUUAAAUCUGGCGAGGGGGGGCCAAAGCCUACCCCAGCACCCCCCUAG